CGACUCUCGUAGCACGUAAUAGCACCACUAAAUAAGUGGUCGGCUUCUGACGGCCACGAUGGCGCCCCGGCGUGAGAUCCUCGACUCGGAAGAUGACGGGAGCGACUUUGGCGACUGUUCGGAGCCCGCACACGCCGAGUCACACGAGAUAGAAACUGCCGGGGAAGGACCCCACGAAGCCGUGGGCGUGGGCGCGUCAAACAACCCGAGCACCGACUCGGCCGAUCCGGCGUUUUCCCAACCCAUCUCCGACGGGCAACGGGGCGUCUCUGACGUAAAAGAGGCCGCUCCUGAUGCAGGACCCAAUGACGCCUCCGUCUCUGCCUGGACCGAUAUGUCCUCGGCACCGCCCCCGGGCAAGAAACCACAAAUCGAGGAUUCAUUACUGACCUCCAUCACCGACCCGGCGCCGAAGGGCCGAGAGUCUAGAAGAACCACCACCCGAAAUGUUGGUCAGGCGGAGACCAUCGAUCUGACCAACGUUACCACGCCAAGGAAAGGGGCCGCGAGCGAGACCAGUGACGUGUGGGACGUCCCGCCUUCGACCAACUCGCAGAGAGCGACAAGGACGGCCGGCAAGCGGAAGGCUGCACAGCUCAGCCUCGAACAGGAGCCGAUGCGCAGGACCCCGCCGCCGGACACCCAAGACCCGUAUGCCUUUCCCGACGCCACGCCGCCGAGGAAAAGGAGCAGGCGCGGGACACCUUCCAGCUCGGCUCGGCAACCACCUGCUUCCAGUCCCGUGAUGCUCAUACCAACAGAGGAGCUUCCAUGCUCGGACAGGCGAACACGAAGCAGUGGGAGGAAGAAGGUCGGCUCGGAUGGGGUGGGAUCCACCCUCCCAGACACCGCCCCUCCGUCGCUCUAUGUCACCCAGAGCGCCCUUACCGCCAGCCAGAAGCGAGAGUUCCAAGUGGUGGACCUGUCCUCUGAGCCCAUGCCUGGGGUGCCUAGGGAGUCUGAAGUGCAUGAGGAGUUCUCGGCUGCACAAUCGUCGGGAGCGGGGGAGAUGUACAGGUCAAGCAUGGCCACGACCAUUGCUUAUCCGACUCCGAGCCGUGUUGCGCUGCAGCGGCGACUGCCCGAUGUUCCAGGGGAAAUGGGUGAUGACUGUGCUUCCUCCCGCACCUCACCGGGUUGCGAUGUCGGCUAUCAGCAAUCCUCUCCCGACGUACUCGCCGACAUGACCAGCACUACUGCUCUGAGAUCGAGAAGGGGUAGUAAAGCGAAGGACGCAUCUUUGACGGGACCUGAAUUGUCCGAACGCGAGCCGCCUUCGUCAGCACGAAGGGCAAAGAAGAGGAAGGUUGUCCGAGAAAUAGAGGAUGGCCAUCAGGAACCAGACCCUUUGGGAACGACUCGGGAGAAUACGGAAACACCUCCGCAAGCGACAGAAACCCAGCGCGGUUUCGUUGAAGACCUCUCUCACAUUGCGGCGCAAUCAGGGAAGGACGUGAAUGACGAAGACUUUGUUCCCGAGGCCGACCCAACCGAUGCUGAAGUGAUGGAGAAACAGGGGCCAACGCCCAAACCUGCCGCCAAGGGUAAAAAAGGCAAAAAGAGAAAGGGUUCCAGAACCCAAGCGGCCGCCCCCGAGCCUGACGAGCCGGCACAGACAAGCCUGGUUGCGCCGGCGGAGACGUCCCCUGGAGCGGCAGAGACCGCAGAGCCGCCGGCGAAACGGAAGCGUGGCCGCCCUCGCAAGUCCGACGCCAGCAAGCCCCAACCUGAGCCGGAAUCGGAGGAGCAAGUCCCCGAGCAGCAGCCCGAAAAGGACGCUGGGCCCGAGCCUGAAGCCCACACCGCGCCUCAACCCCUGGCCGAGGUCGAUCGUCACAACUCGCAACCUGACCCGAGAGUGGCUGCCAGCGACGCUGGUGACACCAUCGGAGAAACCGAGUCCGGGGAGAAGGAGAACAAGGUAGCGGUGGAGAAGGAUGCGGCGGCAACGGACAAGGUAGCGGAGAAGGAAAAGCAACAAGCGGCCAAGGAUAUCAUCAAGCCGGCGCUCCCGAAGGUGCAGUACCGCGUGGGCCUGAGCAGGAGGACCCGGAUUGCGCCGCUGCUAAAGAGUUUGAAGAGGGCUGCGUGAGGAUGGGCGAAAGGACAGGUGGACGGUCGGCGUUUCAUUAGGAAGCGAGGAACGGGAGGGGCGCUAUGAACGGGACGCAAAUGACUCCGUGGGCCGGGUGGGACAAGGCGUUGAAUAUCUUGCUUGAUGAUACCCAUUUUUGCUUUGCUUCACUCAUUGACAUCGUGAGCAGUUCAAUUCUUUCUUGCUUCCUGUUUUUCUUGACGAGAGCACCGGAGCAGAUGGACGUCGGCAAAUUCUACCUUAGAUACCUCACGGUAUCAAAACUAUGUUUCACUGCAUUGUCAGGUAAAAGCAAUAGUUAAUAAGAAAG